AUGUCUUUGUCAAACAAGCUCUCCAUCACUGAUUGCGACCUCCAGGGCAAGCGAGUCCUGAUCCGAGUCGACUUCAACGUCCCUCUCGACGCGGACAAGAAGGUCACAAACAACCAGAGAAUUGUUGGAGCCCUCCCUACCAUCCAAUACGCCGUCGAGCAUGGCGCCAAAGCUGUCGUCCUCAUGUCCCAUCUCGGUCGUCCUGACGGCAAGAAGAAUCCAAAGUAUAGCCUCAAGCCUGUUGUGCCAGAGCUUGAAAAGCUGCUAGGAAAGAGUGUCAUUUUCACCGACGACUGUGUUGGACCAGAGGUAGAGGAGACGGUCAACAAGGCGAGCGGCGGUCAGGUCAUCUUGCUUGAAAAUCUACGUUUCCAUGCCGAAGAGGAGGGAAGCAGCAAGGACGCAGAGGGCAAGAAGGUCAAGGCUGACAAGGCCGACGUCGAGAAGUUCCGCAAGGGCUUGACCGCUCUUGGGGACAUCUAUGUCAACGACGCCUUCGGUACUGCCCAUCGUGCCCACAGUUCUAUGGUCGGAGUUGAUCUACCACAAAAGGCUGCUGGCUUCCUGAUGAAGAAGGAGCUCGAUUACUUCGCCCAGGCCCUCGAGAACCCCAAGCGCCCCUUCCUGGCGAUCCUCGGUGGUGCCAAAGUUUCGGACAAAAUCCAGCUGAUCGAUAACCUGCUGGACAAGGUCAAUAGCUUGAUCGUCUGUGGCGGUAUGGCAUUCACUUUCAAGAAGACCCUCGAAGGCGUCAAGAUUGGAAACAGCUUGUUCGACCAGGCUGGCAGUGAGAAGUGUGCCGAGCUUGUGGAAAAGGCAAAGAAGAACAACGUCAAGAUUAUCUUACCCGUGGACUACAUCACCGCCGAUAAGUUUGACAAAGACGCUCAAACGGGCACCGCCACCGAUGCUGAGGGCGUUCCUGACGGCUGGAUGGGUCUUGACUGUGGUGAGGAAAGUAUCAAGCUAUACAAGCAAGCUAUCGACGAUGCUCAGACAAUCCUGUGGAACGGCCCACCUGGUGUGUUCGAGUUUGAGAAGUUCGCCAACGGCACCAAGAAGACCAUGGACGCCGCAGUGGCAGCUGCUCAGAGUGGAAAGAUCGUCAUCAUCGGUGGAGGUGAUACGGCCACUGUCGCAGCCAAAUAUGGCGUUGAAGACAAGCUGAGCCACGUCUCGACCGGUGGUGGUGCCAGUCUGGAGCUGCUGGAAGGCAAAGCCCUGCCUGGCGUGGUUGCUCUGUCGAGCAAGUAG